GAGAACCGGCGGAGCGGGCAGCAGGUGGUUCCCUGUGUUCCAGCUCUGGUGAAACCGUGGGUUCGAGUCCUCUGCGGGGACUUGUGGCAGCAGAGGUGAGUUGACCUGUGUGACCUACGGGUCGGCGCAGGUUCACACGUGACCCAGAAUAAUCCUCCAAAGAGCAUUAGUGUGCUAAGUUUGUCCGGUGACGGCGCCAUGAUGCACACGUCUGAUUCCUACAACCAGAGGAAGUCGCUCUUCAACACCAUGAACCGCUUCAUCGGCGCCAUCAACAACAUGGACCAGACGGUGAUGGUGCCUAGUCUGCUGCGGGACGUCCCGCUGGACGAUGUCGCAGACGUGAAGACGGUGACCACCGCCGCCGCUAACGGCCCCCCCUACUUCCAGCAGGACACCGACAUGUACAGUUCUUACGUUUUGCUCAAGUCGAUCCGCAAUGACAUGGAGUGGGGUGUCCAGCAGGGGGAUGGGCGGGGGAAGGAGAGGGGGGGCGGGGCGGAGAGGGGGGGCGGGGCGGAGGACGACGACCUGGAGAAGCAGUUUCAUUUUCACGUGAACGGACUCCACGCAGUUCUGUCCAAACUCACACGCAAAGCCGACACGCUAACGAACCGCUACAAGGAGGAGAUCGGCUGUGGCAACUGACGCAGGACGUUUGAUUUAUAGAAAAUAAAAAACGUAGAAACAUGAGUUAAAACGGCCGACACGAUGUCCGAGAAGAAAAUAUCUGAUACGAUUAAUAUUCCGAAUGAUUCGUAAAUGUCGUUAUGACAAAGAAACUUUUCUAGUUUCGAUAUUUCACAGUUUAAACAUUAACACAAAUACAAGCUAACAUAUGAGAAAGUACAAUUAUUUUAUGUAAAAUUAAAUGUAUCUUGUGUAAAAUAAAAGUUUUCAUUUCUGAUA